AUGGACACUCCCAAUCCUCUAGCAGGUCAAGCUGACCCCGCACCCGUCUCGUCCAAGACGUACACCAUCGCUGGCGUGCAGACGACCGUCUACGGACUCGACGAGCUUGCUUCAUCAGCAAAGGAAGUCGCCGUAUUAUGGCUGCUCCAUCCUCGACUCCAGGUGCAGUCAAUCAUGGCACCAAUCGCAGCUGCCUCAAUCCAUGACUGGACGGGACGACCAGCCUCCAAGUCCAAGGGCCUGAUCGCUGUCUCUUUCGAUCAACGCAAUCAUGGUACACGAGAGGUCAAUUCGCUGGCGAACGAGAGCUGGAAAAAGGGCAAUCCAACACACGCCCAGGACAUGUUCUCCAUCUUCCACGGCACAGCUCAAGAUACAUCUAUGCUGAUUGAUUUCCUGUCCUCCUAUGUCUUCCCAGACUCUUCAAGAACCAUCACAAAGCAUCUCGUCCUUGGUAUCUCGCUCGGUGGCCACUCAACAUGGCAAUGCAUCUUGCACGACCCUCGCAUCACCACUGCCGUAGUUGUCAUCGGCUGUCCGGACUACAAGUUUCUCAUGACUGACCGCGCGAAGAAGUCGAAACUCUCCACUUGGACAGCUUCAGAAGGCAAGGACUUCCUCGGCUCGACAGACUAUCCCAAGGGUCUGUGUGAUGCCACCGACAAGUGGGAUCCCAAAUCAUUCUUGGUUGGCGACAAGCUUCGACCGACCGAUGAACAAAAGCAGACACUGAGACCCUUGAUCAAGGAGAAGUUGGGAGGCAAGCACAUCAUGUGUCUUUCUGGCGGCAAGGACAAGCUUGUACCGUAUACUUGCAGUGCACCCUUUUUGGAUUGGCUGAAGAGCGGACUCGACAAGGAAAAUGGUUGGUUCAAUGACCAGGGUAUUGUGCUUGAAGACAUUGUCGAUGAGACGGCAGGUCACGAAUACAGCGCAAAGAUGAAGGUCGAAGCUGUGCGUUUCAUCUCUGAAAACCUCGCUGGCGAGGGCAGCUUGAAGGCAGGCACCAGAACUUCCAAGAUCUGA